ACGUUUUUUUGCCUCAAAAACCAAUUACGCGAAUAUCUUCGCUGACCGUGAACGUUAAAAGUCAUGAAGCAAUCGCUUUCUGUGCAGCUUGCCACGAGAACAAAGACUCUAGAGUGGACCGAAACAGUUUUGUUUGCUGUUAUUGAUAUUGUGGCCUUCUUUGGCAAUCUUCUAACUUGUUACGCCGUGUACAGAAACCAGAGACUUCGUACGCUUGCCAACAUGUUUGUGAUAGCACUUGGUGUAACCGAUAUUCUCAUGUCUACCCUCUGUAUGCCUUUUUCAGUUGCAACUCUGUUUCGCGGCCGCUGGAUGUUUGGGGAAAGUUUUUGUCGCUUUCACGGUUUUGCAGUAUUGACAUUUGCACUGGCUUCUCUUCUGACUAUGGGAUUAAUUGCAGUUAGUCGAUAUUUCUGCGUUGUCAAACCAGAAAAGUACGCGGUGUUGUUCAAAAAACAGAGAAGUCUGCUGUACAUUGCUGUUGUUUGGUGCGCGGCUCUCGUUGGAUCAUUACCUCCAAUUUUCAUCAAGAACGGGAGAUUUGAAUUCCAGCCGGGCAAAGCGAUGUGUUUGUACACAUUUGAAAGCAAUAUUGCAUAUACUGUCUUUAUUGAGAGCGUUUACGUCGCAGCACCCUUAACUAUAAUCACAAUUUGCUGCGCGAAAGUAUUCCGCACAGUAUCUAGAUCAAAUCAAGUUUUCUCGGCGGAAAAUAACCUUCAGGAACUGAGAGCGAACGUGGAAGAAGCAAAAGUGACCAAGACUUUAGCGGCAGUAAUGGUCGGCUUCACAUGUUGUUGGCUUCCUAUCUCUGUCAUCGAUCACAUUGACGCCGCGCGCGGGGAACACACUUUGCCGCGACAGGCGUACCUUACAUACGCGUUCUUGGGUUAUUUGAGUAGUACCAUCAAUCCCCUCAUAUAUGGUGCCACGAAUAGGCAGUUCAGAGGAGAGUACAAGGCUAUUUUGAGAAUGACAAUUUGCUUCCGAAGCCAAAACAACAACAGCAACAACAGCAACAAUAUCAAUAACCACAGCUAAAAAAUGUUCUUAUUGCGGACAUAUGUGGCUUUCGGGUUAUUUCAGUUGUGCAAGUUAUUUUAAUGA